UUUUUUUUUUUAACAAUUUUUGGGGUCAAUGAACUAAUAUUCUAUUCAGCUAUUCAUGGUAGUUAUGCCCUCCAUCUGUGUCAACAUACUUUCUAAUCCACCUGGGGAGCUCACCAGGGAAGCAGUACAAAAGUGUAAUCUCUGCCAUUACAUUCUCCUUUGAUAUUUGUUGUCUUGCUCUGGAGAAUCUUUCUUGUAUGACAGACCUGAUUUGAAGUUCUUGCAUUUUAAUAGGAAAGAGUUAAUUACAUAGCGUAGUCCUAUGGUUUGCAAAGGAAGGUCAGGUGCAUAUUUAAUUUCUAUUGUUUGUUUGUUAAACUGUGCCUGCACAUUAAACAUUUGUAAUUUUUUGUGUCUUACUGGAUUAGGAAUGGACCACUAUGACCCGCAAGCACAGAGAAGGGAGAUGAAGCAUAAAGGAAGGAAUGUGGUAUGGUCAAUUGCAAUGGACAAGUGUCUGAUUGAAGCUCUUGCCAUUCAGGCUAAAAAUGGGAAUAAAAUUGACAAAUGCUUCAAUGAAAAUGCAUAUACUGCUGCUUGUUUUGCUGUGAACUCCCGCUUCAAUUUAAACUUGAACAAUCAGAAAGUUGUUAAUCGCCUCAAGACAAUUAAGAAAAGGUACAAGGUAAUGAGGGAUAUGCUAAAUCAAGAUGGGUUCAGGUGGAAUCCAAAUACGAAGAUGAUUGAAUGUGACAAUGAAGAUGUUUGGAAGAGAUAUGUAGCUGCACACCCUGAUGCAAGAGGGUUUCGAGGAAAGCAGAUUGAGAUGUAUGAAGAGCUAAAGAUUGUUUGUGGAAAUUAUCAAGCCCCUAGUCGCUGGGCCAAGAUGAAGGAUGGAAGUAAUCCUACUGGCCCUAAGAAUUAUGAUGAAGAUUCUACUUCAUUCCAAUCACCUAGUUCAGAAGAGCAAGGCGAUACAGAUGGAACAGAGUCAUAUUCUGGAACACAAGAGGACGUGCAAGAUGAUAAUCAAGACCCUCCUAUGGUUGAGCCCCUCAGACAACUUCCAAAACGACCUAGAAACUCAGAUGCUGUCCUUCAGGAAGCAUUGUUAACUGUAGCAUCAAGCAUUCGGCGUUUGGCUGAUGCAGUUGAACGAAGUAAAACUGCAAUCAAUCCCACUGAGUUGUUAGAGGCCGUGAUGGAGAUUGAUGGUUUGGAAGAGGCAAAACAGAUGUACGCAUUUGAGUAUUUGAAUGCUGACCCUGUGAAAGCUAGGGCCUUCAUGACGUAUGAUGCACGGAUGAGGAAGAUAUAUCUGUUUAGACAGUUUUGGUGGUGGAAGUGAGUUUAAAGCUGAACAUGGAAACUUUUGGUAUAUAAAGUUACAAACUCCAUUGGUGAUUCUGCACAUUAAAUCAAUUUUUUGUUUUUCCUGCUGCACACAGUUGAAUGUACAGAUGUCAGAUGUUCAAAGGUGAACACAUGACUUAUGGUCAGUACUUGAGAGAUUUUAGGGAAACAAUUUUAGCCUUUGGAUCUGCCUCCACUGAAGCUAGCUAUAUAGUUGUAAAAUUCAAUACACUGCUUUUGCUAUCCUGUUUUCCUCAGAUGGGGUAUAGUCUGUGGAUGUUUUUCAUAUUGCCCCCAAUGUUAGUUGUGCCUGUUGGAUGGUUCGAG